AUGCUCCCAAUAGUACUAGGUAUAGGAGCAACCGUGCUUGCCCUAACUGCCAAAUCAACAAUAACUGCUUUUUCCCAUUAUUCGCACCUCACACCAUUCAUGAUUGCCACUCUAAACAACAUACGCCUAGUGACACCCAAUGUUUCACCAACCACAUCCAAACAAGAUCCUAGGUAUAAGACAUAUGAAUACAUUCGACAGAAGUAUCCUAAUAGAGGAUUUGGAGAACCUGUAACUGAAUCUGAAGCAUUACUUAUACUAGGCAUUGAAGGGGAAGAUAUUAUGAAGGUGGAUAAAAAGAUGGUGCGUGAUCGAUAUCGGAAGUUGAUGAUUUUGAACCAUCCAGACAAAAAUGGGAGUGAGUAUUUAAGUAAACGAUUAAAUGAAGCUAAGGAUGUACUAGACAAGAGUUAUAUGAUUAAGAAAUAA